GAUAAUAAAAAUGUAUCGACAAAGUUCAAUAAAGCAAAGUUAACCAUAGGUUCUUCUGUGGAAGUUAAAUCGCAAGGGUCAGCCGAUUAUUGUCUGUAUCAAAGUCAAUGUCGUUUAAAGGCAGCCUGGGCCAAUAUUAUUAAACGAUAUAAAGACAUUUCAGCCGAAGAAACGGAUGUGAUAGACUUGGCAACCGAAGAGGUUGUUGUUGAUAGAGGAAUCUUGCAAAAAGGUACUAUACGUUAUGUUGGAACUUUAUCAAAUUUACACACUUCGAAAUUUACACAAGAAGACGCAGAUGAUGAUACCGUUUGGCAACCAGAUCCAAAUUUGUAUGAAGAUGAUAAUUUUGAAAAGGGAGAUUCUAUAAGGAAAAGAAAUAAUAAAACUAGCGAUAAAACUGAUAAUAUAAAUUUAAUAAAGAUGAUCUUAGAAGCAUCAAAUGAAAGUUCCAAAUGUUCAGAAUCAGAAUCUAAUGAGAUCUCUUGUUAUGAGGAGUCAUCUGGAAACGUGACAAAUAUGGAAGAAAUAUCCGAAGCUUUUAACAACGAUGAUUCAUAUUCUAAAAGAGAAUUAUUUGUAACUCGGGAUGAACAAUUGGAUUCUGAAAUUGCUUCGCCUGUUGAUACAUUCUCGUCGUCACAAAGAACAGAGAGUUUCACACAAUCUCAAAGUCGGCUUAAAAUAUACAGUUUCGAUACGUUUGAUUCGGGACAUGAUUCUGAAUUCUAUGAUUCAGAUGAUGAGGAGAUGUGUGCACAACUGGAAAGUUUCGAUUAUAUUCAGCAAGAGACUAUGGACUUUGCACUAAACUAUUAUCAAGUAGAGCCUAUAGAUUAUUCUCAACAAGAGACGUUUCAAUUCCCUCCAAUUUCACUCACUAAGGAACAGCAACGUCUUUGGUUAGAGCCGGCAUCUGAAGAUUAUGUCGAACUAUCAACUUGGACUGGAACGCCUUAUCCCUAUGAUCAAAGUCAGCAACAAUAUUUGGCACCUCCUGGAACACAAACAGCAGAUUACUCUAACUAUUACUCUGCUGCAGCUGCUUCUCAACCUUUUGUUCAGUAUCAAACCCAAUAUCAAUAUUCUAGCACACCUGUUAACGCUUAUACAAACACGGUUAAUGUUUCUACAGUGUUUGGUCCUCCAGGGGUAACACCACAACCAAACCCUUCAGCUUUUCAGCCUAAUCCACCAGGUGUAAAUGCAAACACUUCGUGGUAUUCUUCAGCAGCAUUAUCUGCUCCCGUACCUUAUCAAACUAACAUUUAUCCUACAGCUUCAUACGAUCCUAAUCAAUAUUAUCAAGCGCAAUCAUACUCAAAUUAUCAGGUUCAAGCAGCUUCGUAUCCUACUUUCUCAACAGUUUCCGUACCUCCUGUUACCGCUAAUCCGAUAACAACUCAAUCAUCUGCUGCACCCAUUGCCGAAAUAAUUCCCACCACAAACAAGACUACCACUAAUAAUGUUAGUCAAGGUGAAAAGCCGAAUACAAACGACGUUCAACAGACUGCUUCUGGAAUAGCAAACUUGAACGUAAAUCCCAAUAAUAAUAUUACAGGAACCGAAGAUGCAAAAUCAAAACCAUUAUACCGUUCAAUAAAAUUGCCAAGAGGGAAUACAAAUAAAUCUUCUACCAAGAUUAAUCCGUUGCUAAGUCCGAAAUCAGAACCUUCAACACAAAAUCCAUCAGAGAAACAACCGGAGAGUAGAGAAUGGCCUGAAAGUUUGAAAGAUUAUGUUCAGAGAAGUUUCAAUGCUGCACCACACAACAUUGAUGCAAUUGAGAAUGAAUUAAAAAGAAUAAUUACGACUAAAUUAUCAGAAGGCGAGUUUUAUCAAACUGAUUGGACAAAAGUAGAAUUACCGAAAAGUUGCAGCGUAACUAAAGAAAAGGAUAAUAAACGAAGAUUCUUUAAAUCUUCUAGUCGCUCUCCGGAGAGAAGUUUGGUUGAAAAUGAUCGUGAAUUUCAAAAGAGAGAAAAACGUGCCAAACGUUUUCAAAUUGAUAAGAAUAUUAAAUCUUGGGGAUCUCCUUCCGCAGAAAACGAUCCUAUGAUUACCGAUUUGGAUUAUACCAUUGUUGGAACCUGUCAGAAUCUUGAAAAAUCAUAUUUAAGAUUGACUUCUGCUCCUGAUCCAUCUACUGUUAGGCCUAAACGCAUAUUGAAGAAGACUCUAGAAUUUUUAAAAGAAAGAUGGGUCAGAGAAGAGAAUUAUACUUAUAUAUGUGAUCAGUUCAAAUCUUUACGACAGGACUUAACGGUUCAACGUAUCCAAGAUGAGUUUACUGGCGAUUUGGGUGAGUAUAAUCAAUGUCAAACGCAACUAAAGGAACUUUAUAGGUUAAAUAUUCCAGGUCACGUUAUGGAGUUUAUGGCUUAUCGACUCCUAUACUUUCUAUAUACAAGAAACCGUUCUGAUAUAAAUACUUUAAUCGCAGAAUUAACAGAUGAAAUGAAAAGAGAUGAAUCAAUAAAACAUGCAUUAGAGGUUAGAUCUACUCUGGCUACUGCCAAUUAUCAUAAGUUCUUUAAAUUAUUCCGUAAAGCACCUAAUAUGGGAGCUUAUCUCAUGGAUCAUUUCGUUGAAAGAGAACGAAUAGCCGCUCUAAUAGUAUUAUGCAAAGCUUUCCGGCCUAAUCUUGACCUCGAGUUUAUAAGUUCUGAGUUAGCAUUUAAAGAUCAUGAAGAAUGUAAAGAAUUUCUUAGUACACAUAAUGCUUCUGCUUUCAUGAAUCCAAAUAACACUUUAAACACUAAAGACGCUUACAAACAUAUUGAAGCAAGUGGCAAAAAGUUUGAGAAAGUUGAUAUCAAAGGACAAAUUUGA